AUGCCUGCCUUGCUGCUCUCACUGCUCACCUCUGCGGUGGCCGCCGGCCCCAGCCUUGACGUCACCCCUUGGAACUCCACAACGGACCGCCUCCUCCUCUACACCCUCGGCAAGACUGGCAGCACAUCCCUCGAGCUUGCGUUCGGCUGCCUAACUGGUAGAUCGCGGCUACCUUUCGUGCGGAACAUCGCCGCGGAUGGCAUUUGGCGAGAUGAUCAGUAUUUGGCGUUGGAGACCCCUCCACGCGGCUUCAAGACGCACGUGGCUUCAGUGGCUCAGCGGAUGGUGGAGAUGGUACGACCGCAAGAUACAAACUUAUGGAUGAUCAUCCCAGUGCGUGAUACGCUCGCCCGCGCAAUGUCCGACUUCUUCGAGACCCUGGACACACAGUAUGUUGGGCCCGCGGUGAGAAACUGGUCCUUGGCCCAAAUCAUGUCGCGUUACAAAACACUCGAACCGCACAUGGUGGGAAGGUCGAUCAUCGACACCUUGCAGCAGGUGCUCGGCGAGCGCGUCGACUGGCUCCCUCGGUUUGACCCGUCCUCUCACGAUUUGUGGGCCGUUCGCGGCACCCUGAGGUUGCUCAUCGUUCGUGCGGAGGACUCGACGCAUUGGCCGUCCAUCGUCGAGCGCCGCAUGGGCGUGAAAAUCCGGCUGCCAUCGGCAGCGAACUCGGGGGAGGACAAAUGGUACGGCGAGCUGUACCAGGCGUUCAAGAGUGGCUAUGUCUCGGAGGUCGAGACGGUGAGGAGAGCGCUCAAGUCUACAGACAUGAGGCUCCUCUACACCGAGGAUGAGACCAAUCGGUUCGCAGCCAGUGCACUGCACCUUCGGUGA